AUGUCAGAGCCAGGACAAUGGGUCUCGGGCAGCUGGAGGAGAGCGCCAGUAGAGAUCAACCAUUUACCUUCGUGGCUUCCUCGACUUUCCGUGGCCCCAUCCAGUCCUGAACCCGAUAUGAAAUUUGAAGACCCGGAGGCGAUGGAUGAGCUUCUCAACCCUUUCAUCCCAGUCCCAGAGGCAAUGGAUGAGCCUAUCGAUACUUUCAUCUCAGAGGAGGCAAAGGAGUCUCUCGAUCCAGAGGUGACAGAUGGGCCUCUCGACCAACAGGUCGCAGAUAAGCUUCUUGACCCCCACACACCAGAGGCAACAGAUAAGUAUAUUGGUCACUAUAUCCCAGCUGGCGUCUUGGGCAAAUCUUCAUCCACGCCCCGCUACCCGGACUCCGACAUAGCGCUGCUGGAAAAGCACAAAUGGAUCCGCACACGUACUCUUGGCGACAGCGACAAUGUACAGAUUUUCGUGCUACCAAACGCACCGCGGUCAAAUGGCAAGGUUGUCAAAGCUCUCAAAGGCGUCAUGUCCAAGAUCGACAGCUCCCCUGAAGCAUGGAACGGCUUGGUUGAUGCCCAUGCUGGUAUUGCCAACACUCAACCCGAUAACGAAGAAGAAGAAUCCCUGUAUUACAUAUACAAUACGCUGCAAGAACCCAAACCAAACUUGGACCAAGUAACAGAUCCGCACUCCUGGCGUGUCAUGGAGGAAUUGCUUAGCAAUUCGGUUCGAGGUCUUAAAACAAAGCUUCAUCCGUUUCAGUGCGAAUCCGCUGCUGUGAUGGUUCAGCGGGAGGUACAGCCGGGGCUGGCGCUUGAUCCGAGAUUCCAGCCUUGGCGGGGUCCGACUGGGUUGGAGUUUUAUUAUGACAAGGAAUCUGGGAGCAUUCUGAGGGACAAGAUAUUGUAUCCCGAGGCCUGUGGAGGGAUUUUGGCAGAGUCCAUGGGAUGCGGGAAAACCCUCAUCAGUCUUGCUGUGAUAUUGGCUACGCGGGGACAUUUCCCCAAAAUCCCGGUGGAGUAUCAAACACUCGAUAACCUCAUCAGGAACAAGACUGGAACAUUAACGGAAAUGGCUGCUACUGCUAUUGGUCGCUUUUCCCUGCCCUGGAAGGACUACUUUGACCGGAUACUGAAAGAUGAAGGGAAAGAUCAUAGUAAUUGUAGGAAGGCUUGUGUGGCCCACGGUGCUUCCUACAUGAUACCGGCUCAAAACCCUCGCCAAAGAGAUGUCUCAUUGCACGGCCGGUCGGCCAAGCAAAUUCGUCUUUGCUCUGGUACACUCGUUAUUGUCCCGGAAAACUUGGUGGACCACUGGGAACGUGAGAUCGCUACUCACACUAGUGAUCUGAAAGUCCUAGUUCUGCAAAAUAAGGACAAAACACCAUCAACGGAUGAACUAAUGGACUUUGACAUUGUGCUGUUCUCCAAAACCCGAUUUACGCAAGAAGUUCCAAAAGGAGUAAAAGUUGGGCUGCAGCCGAAUUCUUCAAUCCUCAAUCUUCACUGGUUGCGAGUUAUUGUCGAUGAAGGGCACGACGUUGCCGCUGAAAAAACGAACAUGGUCGACUUGCUAAAAGAGCGGCUGCAAUUUGAGCGCCGCUGGAUCAUUUCGGGGACUCCUCUCUCCGAAUUGUAUGGAGUGGAACUUAGCAUUGCUUCACAGGAAGUGGACACAGACUAUACUGAAUCGUCACACGACGAUCAGUUGCAAAAACGCAAAAAGGCGGGCAAUGCCAUUAACCAUGAAAUCAAAGAUUUAAAGAAGUUGAGCUACAUGGUUCAUGAUUUCUUCGAUCUAAAGCCUUGGUCCAACAAUCAUAGGGAUUGGCCACUUUACACAAAAAUAGUGGGUGAAGAUGGAAUGCCUCGAAAAUCCCCAUCUUUACGUGCGACUCUCCAGAGUCUUGUUGUGCGACACCGGUACGAAACGGUCAGAAAAGAGAUCACUCUUCCACCGCUGUAUAACAAGGUGGUUUACCUUGGGCCGACCUUCUACGACCGGCUGUAUAUCAACAUGUUCCUUUUCACACUCGCAGUCAACGCCAUUACAUCUGAACGUGAAGGUCCUGAUUAUAUGUUUCAUGACAAAAACAAAACCAAACUCACUGAAUUGAUAAAAAACUUACGCCUGGCUGGAUUUUGGUGGGCUGGCGCCGAUAACGAUGUCCAAAAUACUGUCGACAUUGCUCUGGAAUAUCUGGAGGAAAACCAAGAGAAGAUGACAGUGGCGGAUUUCAACCAAUUGAAACAUGGAAUCCAGAUCGCACGAAAGGCAAUGGGUUCUCCUGGUUGGAAUGGGUUCAAAAAGAUGCAUGAGCUUGGAGUCUUUGUUCGGCAUUUCCCAGAGCAUGCUCGUAAUAUGUGGGCCCUUGAUCCCACAGGUGCCGACCACGAGUCCCUGCUCAUGGGUAUGACCCAGGCACGUCGCGCGCAACAAUUUGUGAUGAACCAUCUCCGCACCUCUGAUCCCGCCGAAGGUCUCGCAGGAGAGGGUAUCAAAGUUCGUCGGGAGCUGAUUAAACACAGCCAGACAGCUGUUCUUGCUCACAGUGGGGCCCCCGAGUUGGCUAAUCCUCCAGUAGACCAAUCAAACCCGAAGAGAAAAAGGAAUCAGCCACAAACUUUUAAGAAGAAUGUCUUCCGGACUCUCCCAGAGACUUCGCCCUUGACGCAAACGAAGCUGGAAGGAGUAACAUCAGCCAAGCUUCGGUACUUGUUGGAGCAAGUGCUGAAGUUCCAGAAGACCGACAAAAUCAUCAUCUUCUAUGAACACGACAACGUCGCUUCCUGGGUCGAGCAAGGCCUGGAGCUACUAGCAGUCAACUUCCGCACCUACGCCAGUUACAAGAGCAUGGGAUUAAAACUCAGAACCAAGCAUCUGAACCAAUUCCGCCAAAUCGAAGAUGUCCGCGUUCUGCUGAUGGACGUCGGACAAGCCUCGCACGGCCUCCACAUCCCACAAGCCUCACGGAUGUACAUCGUCAACCCAAUUUGGGAACGUAAUGUCGAAAGCCAAGCCAUCAAACGAGCCCACAGAAUCGGCCAAACAAGACCAGUCUACGUCGAAACUCUCGUCCUAGGCGACACCCUCGAACACCGGAUGCUCAACCGCAGCAAAAAUAUGACCGCUGAAGAGACGAAGCUUGCAGGAGAUAACCCGCUCAAAGAUAGUACCAUGAGCGAGAUAAUUAAGAACGAGCCAUUCCUUCCCAUGCCCGACGAGGCUUCGGCCGGCAUGGCUCCGCUGGCACAUCCGCUCGGGCUAUUUGAUCGGCAUAAAUUGCCGAUUCCAGAUAGCGAGGCGGUCCCUACGCGUGGGCCAUCGCGGCAGAAGGCACAGCGGGGACAGCAGCCGGUUCGGGAGUCCGAUGCCGAUUCCGAUUCGACUGGUGUUCAGGGGCGACCGGCCAAGCGGCCACGGAUUGGCUUUGCGGAGCAUGACCAGAUCAUGGGUGGGGGUUCUGUGGCUGCGGUUCCUGCGCCGCUGCAGUCUGUGCCUGCGUCGAAUUCAGCGUCUGGGACAGGCGUCCCUGUGUCUGGGCCUUCGCGGACUGGCUUUGCAGAGCAUGUGGCGGUUAUUGGGGAUAGUGUUGGAGCAUCCGGAGCAUCUGGUUCAGUGCAAUUCAUGCCGAUGCACUCUGUGCCAGGUUUGCCUGGGCACGGUGUUACGCCACGAGUCUCAUUGUUCGGGCCGUUCAAGCCAUAA